UAGAAGCUCUACUACUUCACUAAUCUAUUCCGUUAAUUACGCUCCUUAGCUGUAAUGCUAUAACUCCACAUGGGGUAAAUCAUACAGACAGCGGUUGUCACGAUGGGCUGGGGCAAUGUAUAUAUAAAGGAUUGUUCAUAACACGACACUUUAGUUUGACCCUGCGUGCAAGCCUACAAACUGUUCAUUGGAAGGCUCCCAUCACAUCGUAACCGUUGAAGGUAAAGUCCAUUUUUUUUUUUUUGAAUCGCUGGAAACUUGACGAUAUGGGCUUGACAUUUUGAUGUUGUGUUACAACGUAAUACACUGCAAUCUGGGCAGUGAUAAAAAUUUGUAGUGUGCGUGCCAAAUAAAAUUAUGUUGCAGUGAUCGAUGGUUAGAUCCACACGCUGUCAAAGUUUGUAUUUCAACCAGGAAAUCCAAAAACUUAAUCCGUUCCACGAGGAAUCGCUACAGUUUGCGUAAACGAACUUUCUCAAACCGGUUGCGAAAGCCGAUAAGAUGUUUUUCUACUUUUCCAAAAGGGCGGUAUCUAGGAAAGUGUACCUUUGGCCAACACGCACAUAUCCUUUUUUGUUUACUUUGAAAGCGAAGGGCUACUCACCGGUGUGGUUGAGUGAGUUGCUGCUCUGCUUUCUUGAGGAGUUUCACGUCAAGCGCUAAGCGUCCCUUGUUGACUUUCAAAAUAUCACGAGGUCGACCAUAGGGUUUUCUUUUCCCUUGCUUGAAUGCUUGGAACUUGUUUGCGGGCCAACUAUGGCUUAAGUCUUCUUUUUGAAUCCCAUUUCCAGGGAUUUUCUGAUCUUAAAUAACUUUAUGCGCAUUUAUAACACGAUUAGAAAAAAAAAUACCAUCACGGAAUUGUUAACAUGUUGAUAUCUGGAUUAUGUAAUGAAUAACUAUUCGCGAUUAUCAUUAUCGCGAGGAAAUUGGAAGUUAUCGUCAAUAAUUUGCAAGAUCACAGGUAUUUUUUAUCAGUUUACAGCUUUUUCGUUCGGUAAACAGUCUGCGGAUGAAACUUAUUGACCUUGGUUGAGAGCCAUGUAUUGCGAUGUUGAUCAGAAAGAUUGGAGAACAGGAACAUUGAAAAGUCUGAUAAACAUGGCUGAAUCAAGAAAAUCCUGGCUUCAAUUUCUUAGUGUAAUUUUGGUUGUUCUUCUUCUACUAGAAGCAGCAGAGAGCAGGCCGCCCAAGAAAGGGAAGAAAAAGUCUCGCGCUAAGCAAUGUGGAAACGAGGGUCAUCUUUGCCAAUCAGGAUCAAGGAAGCUUUGCUGCAGCGCCGGUUUUACUUGUCACACACCUAUCUUCUCACGCAAUAAGACGAGAAAACUCAAGAGAAGAAAAAAGUUGGGAAUGUGCAAACCAAUUAAACCGCAAGAAAAAGAAAUCGACGAAUCCCAAAAGACACCAUCAUUUAGGUUUUCAACGAAACCAACGGUGUUCUUUCGGGCGGAAAUAAAAAACUCAAGUCCAUCUCGUGGACUUUAGACAGGAUACCCAAAUGAACACAACAUUGCCAAACCAGACCAUUACGUGGUUCUCCGCGAAGAAUAACUGGCACGAUCGACCUACAUUCUGACUUCGACUGGACAAUGCUUUCUAACUUAUUGAGACGGUGCUAUUGGCAUUAUUUAUGUUUAAAGAAUUAUUUAUAUACUUCAACAAGAAAAAUAACAACAGUAACAUAAAGGAUCAUAAACCAUUAGGUAUUUUCUAACACUAAAAAAUUUUCUAUUUAAAUUUAUUUGAUGACUUUUAAUAUACAAUUGACGUAAAGACUGAGGUAAUUUAGAAAACAAAGAAAAUACGUGGCUAAAAACUUUUUCGUGCAAGACUUUUUCCUGGUCCACACUUAUAGUGUUUUCUUUCAACCAUCCCAAUUCAUUUUGCCAGUCAUCGGUAUAUGGAGUGUUAUUGCCAUGGCUAGCAAGGAGAAGUAUCUGGUAUCGUACUGAAGAAUAGUUACAGUCUACAUGAUCAAAACAUGUUGAGUGCACUUCGCGAUAACAUGCGAGCUUUGGUGUUACAGAGACGUCAUUGAUUCGUUGCCUUCAGACAUCUUCCGCACCUCUCACGAAACACGUGAACGUAUGGUUCAAAAUGUCAUAUUCCUGAUCGUGAGCCGUGAUUGGAGGAUGCUGAGCGAUUAAGAUUGCUUCUGCUUAUAACUGUCCGCCGUGAAAAUGAUAGAAGGCAGCAUGAAACGAAAUAGCAAGUCCAAUUGACUCCAGAACCCCAGGGCUCGCAUGUUUUCGCAAAAAAAAAAAACUAAACAAAACAACAAAAAACAAACAAACAAAAAACUAUAUAUGCAGCUGUCACUCGUUUGUACAUGGAGUUGGAUUCCAUUGAGAAAUGUUUCCAUAGUAGAAAUGUUUCUGUCGGUUUUAGCAUAUCACACAUGUUUAUUUGAUUCGUUCCACAUAUGGGAACCAUUUGAAGAGGUUUCAGUAAAUUAAAGUAGAGUGGUGCAUCCUGUAUGUGACCCCUUAAAAGAAAGAGUUUAGUAAUUGUGGCCUUAGUAUCCGACUCUUAUGUCUUGUCGUUGCUAAUGAAAUAUCAGUAAGGGAUUUUGAAACACCUCUGUUCAAUGGCAAGACAGAAAAAUUUACAAUGACUUAUCGUAGUAUGGAAGAAAAAUUACAAAGAAAGUAAUACUUAAGGAGACCAAACGUGUGCGGCUUAAGGAACCUGUGUGGCGGACUUCUAGCCAUGCCUUGUGUCAUAUCUUAUUUCUUUAUCUGUGAUAUAUCUGGUCUAGUUUUGAUGAUGUGGGUCUUUGUGAGAUGGUAAAUCGUCUGUUGAAACUAUUUUUGUUCAUUUUUCACAGAACUUGGAAAAAACGUUAUAAUGUAUGAUCCACACUUUUAAGGUAUUCUAAGCUUUUCAGUAUUUAAAUUUUGCAUUUUUCCAAUUGAGUAUUAAUAAAUAACUAUUUUUAAAACGGAGAUAAAGACUUAGAAGUCGUUACUUACAGUUAAAGCAUAGAAUCAGUAUAAAUUUCUUAGUCGAAUUUUUGUUUGAACCAUAGACGCACAUGCAAUAUUGUUUAGUUUUUUAAGAAACAAGUUGUUAUUUAUAAAGCAUCAUGUUCGUAUUGGAGUGAGAUGUUUAUCGUAAGCUUUUUAUGUACCUGAGUACAAUCUAAGAUUUUUACUUUUUCCUACUGCAGCUUUGUAGUAGACAGUCAUGUGUCAGACCUUACAGUCUUUUAAUGAUUAUGUGUUAACUUAUCGGAGUUUAUAUUUUCACCUUCUCAAACUCAUCGAUAAUUCAUAAGGUUAACUACCAAUCACCGGAUGUAUCCCACAUCACGUGCAAGCGUAUGGAUACCCAAUGAAAAAGAAUAUGCUAUUUUCAAGUGAGAAUGGUAUAUACCACUAAAAUAAACGUCUUGGCAACUUGCCUAAAAUCAA